UUUUAUUUUUUUCGUGAGUUUUAUUUUUUUCGUGAGUUUUAUUUUUUUUCGUGAGUUUUAUUUUUUUUCGUGAGUUUUAAUUUUUUUCGUGAGUUUUAUUUUUUUCGUGAGUUUCAUUUUUUUUUUCGUGAGUUUAAAUAUUUUUUAUGAGUUUUAUUUUUUUAGCGAGUUUCUGUUGUAGGUCACGUUGUGGGUCAGGUGAUAGGUGGAAAAAAGCAUUAUAUAGACGUAAACGCGCAACAUGGCUGCUGCACUGAGAAAUCUCCGCGACGGUUUUAUAAAGGAAUAUUUUCAUAUGGGCUUCAGCUGCAAGGAGAUUUCUAGUUGCUUGCUGUUUGACCAUGGAAUUCAGCUUAGCGAAAGACAGAUUAAAAGAAUUUUAGCAAAGCAAAGCCUCGGAAGACGGCGUUUCAGUGACUUCGACGACAUAAUAAAAACAAUUGAGGACGAGCUUAAAGGAAGCGGUAGCAUUGUCGGGUACCGAACUAUGUGGCAGAAACUAAUAGUUGACCAUCAACUGUCUGUUAGCAAAGAAUUUGUGAGGAACGCGUUACUCAUAUUAGAUCCGGAUGGCGUGGAGAGACGCUCGAGAAACAGACUUCGACGACGGCAGUAUCAUGCUAAAGGGGCCAACUUCAUUUGGCACCUGGAUGGUUACGAUAAGCUUAAACCUUACGGAUUUUGUAUACAUGGCUGCAUCGACGGUUACUCGAGAAGAAUCAUGUGGCUAGAAGUUGGACGUACGAAUAACCAUCCGGGUGUCGUAGCAAGUUAUUUUCUUGACUGUGUUGAAAGUGUAGGAGGGACGGCAAGAAUUGUCCGUGGAGAUAUGGGUACUGAGAAUGGCAGAGUAGCUGCUAUUCAGCGCUUUUUACGGGAUGAGGCCGAAGAUAGUUGGUCAGGAGAAAAAAGUUUCCUUUAUGGACGAUCGGUUUCUAAUCAGAGGAUCGAGGCGUGGUGGGGACAAUUAAGAAAGGGCUCAUCUGAGUGGUGGAUACAACAUUUCAAGGAUUUAAGAGACAGGGGUCUUUUUUGUGACGCGGAUGCUGUACACGUAGAGUGUCUAAAGUUUUGUUACAUGGGAGUGCUCCAACGCGAACUUCAAAGUGUAGCAAGACGGUGGAAUAUCCAUCGUAUUCGACCCUCAACAAGAAGCAACAUUUCCCCUCCUGGUCGACCCUGCUUUCUUUACCACUAUCCCGAGAUGACUGGAGGUCAAGAAUGCAGAUUUAAUGUUGACGCCGAUGAUUUAGAUGUUGCCAGAGAACUUUGCUGCCAUGACUUGCCCCAAAAUUCAUCACCCGACUUUACUGAACUUGCUGAACUGAUCACGAGGGAAGAAGGAUUAAGAAUGCCAGAAAAUGGCAAUGAUGCACGAGCUUUGUAUCUUACUCUUAUCCACGAGAUUGAAAGAAUAAUGUAACUUCUUCUGUUUUCCAGUUUAAAUCAUUCCGCACAGACGCGAGUAAUUUGUUGUACAUUGUUACCGCAGCCUAUGGAAAUAGACUAUUCUUUCUUCACUUAAGUAGGCCACUUCGUUUUACUAAUAGAAGAUAUUCCAUUACAUUUUGUCGGUAUUUGCGUCCCAGUUGAACCCAAAAGUUUUUACACGUGGUUCUGAUUGUGUUAGGAAAAAUGUAAGACAAGCUUAACGCGAUUUUGUUCUUACUAAAAUAAAUGUUGUUACCACAUGGAAA